AUGGCCCCCAUCCCUGUCGGGAGGCGCCGUUUCUUUCCUCCCUCCGCUCCGAUCCUUCUACUCUUCGUCUUCCUCCUCCACACCAGUCAGACUAGAGGCGACGCCUCAUCUUCCUUCGCCGGGGAAUAGAUCCUCCUCAACUCCGGCGGUUCGGGGGGGAAGCCCGAUUUGGACCAUCGAGUAUGGGCGGGGGACGCUGGGUCCUCGUUCCUCCCCUCAGGUCAGAACAUCCUGGCCGCCGCUUCCGCCUUCCAGAGCUCCUCCGUCCCGCAGGUCCCCUACAUGACCGCCCGGAUCUUCAAUUCCGGUUUCACCCACUCCUUCCCCAUCUCCCCCGACCGGAAGUUCAUCCGCCUCCACUUCUACCCCUCCGACUACGGCAACCACGCCGCUGGCGACGCACGCUUCGCCGUCACGAUCUCCCCCGGGAACUUCACUCUCCUUCAGCCCCGCAGAGACCGCUCGGGCCCGGAAUAUCAACUACCUCUUCUUCGAGUACUCGGUCAACGCGUUGACCAGCCGCCUGGACCUGACCUUCUCCCCCUCGCCGGACGUCCCCAACUCCUAUGCCUUCAUCAACGGGAUCGAGAUAAUCCCCAUGAACGACAUCUUCUGGCCUGAGUUCCUCAUCGUCGUUGGGACGCCUGCGACGUUCUCAGUCGACCACCAGACUCCCGCCUUCCAGACGAUGUACCGGCUGAACGUCGGAGGCAACCACAUCUCUCCUGCCCAGGACGGCCAGCUCUACAUGUCAUGGAGUGACGACUCGGAUUACAUCUUCGGGGCUGCCUCUGGGGUGUCCUACUCCAAGGACGGGAAUGUCUCCAUCACCUAUACCAGGAUCCCCAGUUGCUUUGCGCCGAAGGAGGUCUACGAGACUGCUCGUUCCAUGGGGGGCAAUGCAAGAGUCAACCUCAACUACAAUCUCACCUGGGCACUAGCAGUCGAUCCCGGCUUCCUCUACCUCGUGAGGCUGCACUUCAGUGAGAUCCAAUACCCAAUCACCAAAGUAAACCAGAGGGUCUUCUCCAUCUACCUCGACAACCAGACGGCGGUGGGGGAUUUCGAUGUAAUCACUCGAAGCGGGGGCAUCGGCAGCACGGUGUACCAGGAUUUUAUUGUUUAUUAUUGGCCAUGGGACAGAGCAGCAGGAUCUCUGGCUCGAACUCCAUCCUUCCACUGCAAGUAAACCAGAGUUCUACGAUGCCAUUCUGAAUGGGCUGGAGAUCUUCAAGGUGAGCUCCUUCUACGGCAAUCUGGCCGGGCCUAAACCGAAUCCUCCGCCGCGGCCGAGCAGGGGGCCUGGGCAGCUCUCUCCUGCCGGGGAAAAUCGUUCCGGCGGUGAAGUUCCAGUCGUUGCCGUCGCCGUGCCUGGCGGUGUUGUGACCGUCGUCCUAAUAUUUGCGUUGGCGCUCGCGGUCCGCCGGAGCGGGAGAAAGCUCAGAAGGUGUACGCCGCAGAGCUUCCAGAAGUUCGCCGACGCUGCAGAGAUGAAGGUGCCCGGCGACGGCGUCGAUUCGCCGGUGAUGAACGACGCGCGCUGGAGACACGACGCUGGGUGUGCCGGCGACAACGAGGAAUUACCUCUGGUCUCCGCGUCUCGCGCGUCACUGGCCUGA